CGCCUCCCUCCCACCCCGCCCCGCCUCCCACCAGUUGGGUCGGCGAGUGUGUGUUCUACAUGUUAUUCACACCUGUCGCUAAUGCAACUAAAUGGCGAUAUACAAGAAUGUUCGUUGCUGUGUGUCUGGAGCAUAACUCACAAGGCGGACGAGAUGACACAACAAGAAGCUAUAGGGAGCACAGGAUGCAGAGAAUGUUCCAGGAUGACGGGUCAUGUAACAAGUGAUGUGACAGCUGCGCACUUACACACAAUGACACAAUAAUUCACCGUCGAGGUUUACAUGUAAGCAAUACAUUAUAUUACCGUGAUGGCGCCCCUGCCAGCCGAGCACUGCGUGUCACACAAAGAGAACACUUUUUUAAACCUACACCGACAAUCUGGCAACUGAACAACGGCCGUGUUAUAUAAAUGGAGCACAACUUUCCUGGCGCCAUACUUGACCCAACUAGGGACUGAGAAAUCAACAUGGAGAAGAUAUUGUUGAUGUUAGCAGGGGUACUACUGUCUACCGUGUCUGCCCAUCCACUCCAUGAACAUGUGUCAGGCAAGUGUGGUGCCUUGAGUUCUCUCCGGAGGGGUCGUCUCCUGCUGCGGGAGGUGGUGCCCCGCUGUCUCACCUCCGCCAGGCCUCCCACCAACGUCCGCAAUGCCUUCAUGGAGUGCGCCGCCAGGGUAAAAAAAAAUAUGGUUGGGAUUCAGCAGGAAGAGAAACCGGACUCCCUCAACUUGGCUACACAAGGGGUGGAGGAGGCGGUGAAGGAGCAGGUGGUGGGGUGUGUGGUGGAGCACCUACAGCUGGCGCAGGAGGAGGGAACCCUGGACACCACCAAGAUACAGCAGUUGGUCUCCACCAUUGAAGGAGACAACAAGGGGAAGGCCCUAUACCUACAAGCAGUCAUCAUGACCUGCGUCUCCAGUAUCCCUUCAGAUACCAACGCUACCCAGCACGUGAUGGAGGCGAUGGAGUGUGUACAGAGGGAGGCAACCGGGUACUGUGAUGUAAGAACUGCGCUGGCCAAGCAGUGGCUCCAGAGUGAGGGGGAGGGGUCAGUGUGUAGCCGUGUCAUGGUCACUCCUCAGUAUGCGGAGGCUUGUCGAGCCUGCGGAGAGGCUCUAGGAGCUGACGGUAUUACAGCCUGUGGUCUAGUGGGUGGUGGUGAUGCCGAGUCUCACAGUCAAGGCUCCUCCAAUGCCACCGACAAGAAUAAACACGAACAGAUUGUAUCUAUGGUGCGUAAGUGUGUCAGUGAGAAACUAGGUUGGUACAGCAAAGAAGGUGGGCUCAAUGUGCUUGCUCUGAGGGACCUCGUCACUAAUUUCUCUGGCUGGCAGAACAUUCCAGAGGAGCUGAAGAACGUUGCAGAUGCCAUCGUGAGUUGUGACCCAGAGACUGGCGAGGGAGGAGAAGUGAUGAGUGCUGCUGAGCGCUGUACACUCUGGAAAGCCUGUUUCUUCCCCAAGUAUUUUGGCGUCUGUGGCUUCAAGAACAACCUGACAUCCCUAUUCUUCCCGGAUUACAAGCAGGAGAUGGAGCACGAAGUUCAGCUUUUCAUGAGUCAAAUAAUUGACUUCAGUGAUGACACCAGUGACCUACACCAACCUCAGGGGCAUGAGGACGGCGAAAUGGUGGACGCUGGCUUACUGGAGACAUCACCGGAGAAAGACCAGACGACUGACUUGACGGAGGUAGAUGUUGAGCGGGAUGCAGAAUCAAUGACAUCAGAAGGUGAAGAAUCCAUGACAUCAGACAAUACGCAAACCAUGGCUUUAGAUGACACAGAGGACAUAUCAGAAGGUCAGCAUCCUGCAGCCACAUCCUCUCAGAUAAAGGAUAAGGACUCUCCUUUCCCUGGGAGUUUAGAUAAAAAAUCCAAAGAUAAAUCUACUGAGAAAUCUAGCGAAGUCUCAAGCAUAAAUCCGGUUGAAAUUUCAGCCGAUAAAAAAUUAGACCAUGAAUCCACAGAGAAACCCAACAAGAUCGCAAGUGUUAAUCCAGAAGAAAUUUCAGCAGAUGGAAAAUAUGAUCACGAAUCCACGGAGAGCCCUAGCGAGAUUACAAAUGUAAAUCCCACGGAAAAGUCGGAAGAAUUGGGUGAAACGACAACAGAGAGUGUGUCUGACAUCUCUCUGCAGCCGGACGAGAUCCCGGGGAAUGGCGAGAUUACAGAGACUGAAGCUUAGUUCAUCUUAAGUUGAACCAAGCCAUUCUAGCUUAGUCCAUCCAUGAAUAGCCCAGCAUGACACUCAGUGCUGCUCAAAAUUAUCCUACUCUAGCUAUCCUAACUUGAUAUGGCUGUCUUAACCUAACCCACCCUAUUCAAGCAAUGUGCCCAGUUCAUUCUAACCCAGUUAAUGCCCUAUCCUUUCAGCUUAGCCUAGCCCAAUAUAGACUAACCAAAGGUAACAUAGGUAAGUUCAACCCACUGAUUUCAUUUAAACUAGUUUACAGAUUGUGUACACAAGGAAAAUUUCUAAUAUCAACAGUAAUGGCAAACCAAUGAUUGUAGAGAAACUAAAUGUCAAAAUCCACAAAAUUUAUUUUAAUGCAUGUAUUAAGACAUGUAAGUAAAACCUGAAAUUCCUCAUAAAUUACUUGUUUUAAUUAUGACAGUAAAUAAUGAUAGUACUGAAUUUAUACGUGCCCCAUUAUGGGGAAUUUGAUUGCAAAAGUAAGAAACUGACAGUAGGUAGGAAUUACUUAAACUUAUAUUAUGUUUCCACCACCGAUUUAUCACAAAUACAGAACCAACUAAAAGUAUUGUUUACCAAGUUGAAAGUUUUAAGUAUAGUAAUAAGAUACUAAAACCUAUUUCACACUAUACUUAAGGUAAAGAACCUAUAUUGAACAAUUCUUUAUCCUGCUACAUGUACAGUAAUAUGGUUUAAAAGUGCUUAAUGUAUACAUAUAUUACCUAAAGCAAUAAUGUAGUAAGGGAAGGUAACUAUAAGGAGAAAGCACCAAACCAUUAUGAUUAUAAAGCACUUGGAAGGGAUCAGGAUAAGGAUUUGAGAUGAGGCGGGGGUAAGGAAUGGUGCCCAAGUUACUUAAUGUUCAAAUCCCGUAUACUCACAUGAAUGUUUAUAAGCUAAGGUAAUUUUUAAUUUUAAUUUUUAGUAACUACCAAUUAUACACGAUCUAAGUCCUAAGGGCAUGAAUGAACUGUAUAGGUACAUUUGAGGCUAAAAAAAUUUAUUCAUUCAUUAAAUGUAAUCGCCAACCUUAAAACUGUUUAGGUUUUAGGGUUGGCUAAUGUUAACAAAAGAUGCUUAUAUGUACGUGUAUUAACUUUACAUUGUUUAAAACUUUCGUAGUUGUAAUAAUGUAUACCCACUCUAAAACCAUUAAUACUCAACAUGUUGCCUUCAACCUAUCACUGACCAUCUGAUAAACAUUGGAUUUACUUUAUAAUUUUUAUGAUGACCUAAUUGCAUUGUACCUCAAUAAUUUUGUCGCCAGGUUUUUUCAUGGUAAGUUUGAACUUGUUUUGAUGUUAUAAGUUACAAUCUAUUAAAAGGAACUGCAAUAAAGAUUUGUCUAUCAUCCUUUUGUAAAACUAAAAUAGGAUAUUUACAUUAACACUUUGACAGUCAAGCCUUUCCACGCAUUCUCGACUUUAAACGUUCUGGGAUCCCUGGGCUGGUUAGCGAUACAAAAAAUGUUUAGUCAUUGAACGUUUUCUAAGCUGUUUGUUGAGUUAUGUCUAGAAAUUGUCAAAAUAUUCAUAUUAAUUCCCUAGAGCAGCGUUUCUCAACCAUGCUUCCACGAAAGGUCACUAUGGGUCCCAAGAGAUAUAAACAGGCUUAGGUCUGGAAUUCUAUUAAAGAUUAUCCUACAAUUCAUAGACAAGCAAUAAAUAUACAGUAUUGUUACAUUUUCAACUUCUUACAUGUGUGAACACACUUUUUCUCAUUUAACCAGUAUCAAAAGCAGACACAAAUCAUCUUUCAGCUGAAAAUUAAAUGUGUUAAUCCAAAGUUUGACUCUGAAUUAUGUAUUUGUGUACCAAAAGUUUUCACAUUACAAGCAAAUUUCAUUAUUAAAUUAACUUUAAAAAAAAUUAUCUUGACCCAAA